AUGGCUACGACUGCGGCAAAGACGUUUGAGCUGCAGACCGUGGACAACAAUGUACGGAGCCGGCUGGCUCUCGUGACGGGAUCGACGGGAGGCAUCGGAUCGGCCUGCGCGAGGGCACUGGCGGCCGAUGGAUGCGACGUGGCGCUGCACUACUCGUCCAGUGAGGACAAAGCCGAGGCACUGGCCCAGGAGCUCCGAGCGAAGCACCCAGCCCAGCUCUUCGUCACGGCGCGCGCAGACCUCAGCUCGCGGGACGCCACGCGCGGGCUGGUCUCGUCGGUCCUGCUGGGCCAGGCGGCGGUGCGCGCGCGGCACGACGCCGUGUCCAUCCUGGUGGCCAACGCGGGCGUGGGGCGGCGGAUCCGCGACGUGCGCGACAUUGGCGAGGACGACUGGGACGCCAUUCUCGAGGUCAACGCGCGCAGCCAGUUCGUCGUGGCGCGGGCGUGCGUCGAGGGCAUGCGCGCCCAGGGCUGGGGGCGCGUCGUGCUCGUAGGCAGCAUCGCGAGCCGCGGGGGCGGUAUCAAUGGGUGUCACUACGCUGCUUCCAAGGGGGCCAUGACAGCCAUGGGGCUUAACCUGGCGUCGCUGCUUGCCCCUGAGGGGAUCACCGUCAACAUCGUCCAGCCAGCCAUGAUUGGCGACACGGGCAUGAUACCCACGCCCAAGUCUCGGACCUGGACGAGCACCGACGACCUCGAGGAGCUGCGCGCCACGGAUCCCGGGCUCGCCAUUGCCGCCGGCGUGCCCGUCCAGCGACUCGGCGUGCCCGAAGAGGUGGCCGGCGUCGUGGCCAUGUUUGCCAAGACGGGGUAUAUGACCGGGCAGGAGGUGCUGCUGGCCGGAGGGCUACGCUGA